AAAACGAAUGAUUAGGCGAAAGUGUAAAAAAAAAGGGUAAACCUAACCAAAGAAAAAAAAAAUGUCAUUUUUAUUGGCAACUUCGCAAUCUGCCUCCUACCUGGCGAAUAAAGAAAAGGAAGAUUUGUUGUAUUCAGAUGAAGGUGAAGAAAAUUAUAAUUUUAAGUACAUAUCCGGAAAUCAAUUCAAGUACAUAAUUAAAGACGUUCAAAGAAGAAGAUGCAGAGACGAAGAGGAACGUGAAUGGUAUAAAUUUGUAAAGCAACAAGAAUUAGACGUUAAUUUAAGCACUAAAAGAUACAACAGAGAAGACAGAGAAUUAAGAAGACUUGAGGAAGAUGCACUUCCGGAAUAUAAAUUAGGAUCUUAUGUUGAAGAUAGUGAAAGGAAUGAUCAUAAAUCAAUUUAUUCUGAAGAAGAAGAGGAAGAAGAUGAUAUUCCAAAUAAGAUAAUAAAAACUAAAAGCAAUGAUACCAUUAUCAUCGAUAUGGAUCAAUCAAUCUUAAAAGAAGAUUCAUUGCCGUAUAGAAGAAGAACUGUAAAAUCUAAACGAUCUUCAGAUUUGAAAAAAACUUUGUCUGAUAUUGUACAAAGUAAACAACCCAAAGAAAGUCAUGUAGCAUGCAAUUUUGAACAUAAUUCUAAUCUAGAAUUAAGCAUAGAAGAUGAAAGCGAUAAAGAAGAUAAUAUUUCUCUACAAGCAGAUCCAAUUACUGUGCAUAGAAUCAUAAUAAUGCAACAAAGGAUUUCUGAAUUGUUAGAUGAAAUUUUAUUUAGAUUGGACAAAAUUCCAUUACCUGAUGGAGAAUUAGAUUUGAAAAGAAGGCAACAACGUGUAAUGGAAUUUUGUAUAAGAUUGUCGAGAAAUUAUUUAUAUGAUCUUACGAGAUAUGUCAAUGACAUUCAGAAACACGUGCAUGCCGUUUCUCCAUCUGUAAAAAUCAAAUCUAGUCAUAGAAGUAUUACACUUCAUAUGCAAAUAAUUGAACAAAAAUUAAUCGCUGCUCAUCAAUUAUUAUUGCACGCAUUGACAGCAUAUUGCAGACAUAUUCCUAGUUCAAUUCCUCAUGGACAUUCUAAAAAAAUCAAAGAACUGUUAAAAAUAGUCAUCGAUUUGAAAGACAUUUGCGAUCAUAUUGAAUUGACUAAAAAUUAUUUUGCCUCGGGAGAUACUUGUACAUUACCUCGGGAAAAAGAGAUGGAAACCAAGUGUAAUGCAAUAUUGUCUAAGUUGAGAUUGAGUUCAGGAACUGAAUCGCAAUUAGAUGAUCACAAUACAGUUUCAAAUCUAGUUAUUCCAAUAAAUGUAUCACGAAGAAAAAAUCAUUCCAAACAUAAGAACUUGGAAACACGAUUAAAAAUGUAUAAUAAUAAUACUAAUAAUAAUAAUAAUAAUAAUAAUAAUAAAAAUUCAUCAGUAUAUCAUAUAAAAGAUAAAAAACCUAGUGCAUCUCGUAAUAAAAUUAUUUAUAAUGAACACUUAUCUUUACCACAACAACCAAAUUCUAGUCCAAUUACAAAUGCAUCAUCUAAAGGUAUCAUUGAAGAUGAUAAAAUGUACAAUACAUCCUUAAAGGAAGAUGAUAUCAAAACAAUCAUGAGUACAGUUCCAAUAGAUUCUGAUAAUGAUAUCAAUUUAGAAAUACAAUCUAAGCGUAGUACUAAAUUAUCAAAAAAGACAAAGGUAACGAAAGAUUUGCCAAAUAAGUUGCAUAAUGUAAAAUAUUCUAAAGACGAGCUGAAACAUAAUAAAAGAAGAAGUAGUCAUUCACAUCUUUGUAAUGAUCCAAUGAAUAAGAAAUAUGGUUCAGCAACUUCCGAUGAAGUAUUGUAUGAAUUUCUUCAAAAGUCUCAACAUUUUCAAGAUUUUAAUGAUAAGGAUGUUUCUACUAGUGAUUUUACAAGUCGUACAUUAAAAAAAUGUCACACAUCAAAGAAUAAAGAAGAAAUUAAACAAGGUAACAUGCAAUUGAUUUAUCUUUCAUCUUUGGAUAAUGUAUCUAACGAACAAACAUGUUGCAAUUCGACGAAUUACUUAGAUAAUCUUCAAAGUCAAAAUGGUGCUAUCCAAUUAAUUAUUUCUAAAGAAACUGAAGUUAAAUUUUUAAAAUAUAGAGCCGAAUAUUAUAAUUUAUUUCAAUCUAGUCCAAUGUAUUCCAACAAUACGCAGAAUAAACCAUGGGAUAUUGUGGCAUGGAUUUCUGAUAAACUUGUGGACGAAUUGAUCAAUGAAAUUGCGAAGGAACUUGAAAUGCAAGAUAUCAUUCAAAAAAUGUAUCAAUUAGAAUUUAAAGAAUUUUAAUAUAUAUACAUAUAUAUUUAUAUAUUAUCUCUCAGAUACUUUAAUUACAGAUAAUAACAAGGAAUGAAUUAUAUUUAUUGGAAACAUACAAAUUUGGAAUGUUUUAGACGUACGUUAAUUUUAUAAAUAAAAUAUUAAUAUUUUUAAUCAGAGUUUUACUUUAGUAUAUUAUCCUUUUUAAUUUUUCAAUAUUAUUUUCAGUUCUUUUAUUAAACAUAUAGAAAUAUAUUAGUAUGUAUGUCAGACGCAAUUAAUUACAGCACUGGUAGCAAAAUAGUAAGGUUAUGUAUAUCAAUCAAUGAAGCCAGAUCACGGAACAUUUCUACCCCUUCCCUCGAGCCCAGCACGCCUCGCACAGAACGAAAUGUUACGU